AUGAGUAACGGUAAAGAGGGUGACCACAACGGGAAGGUUGGGAACUCAGAAACACAUCAUCCAGAUGAGGAUAACAACUUACUGCCUAUAGACAGAGGAUGGGCUUGGGCGAUACUGGGAGGAUGUUUCCUGAAUGCUAUGCUAAUGGGUGGAUACAACCAAUCUAUGGCGCUGUUCUUUGUGGAAUACCUUGAAAUGUUUGGUGCAUCUACAACAAGGACAACCCUAAUCCUUGGGGUGAAAGCGAUGUCCUACAGCCUAAUGUCACUGGUUACUAUGCACGUUGUGUUGGAGUUUCUCGGGACGAGGAAGACAGUCAUGUUGGGCGGACUCCUCACAGUGUUAGCUAUUCUCUCAGCCACCUUCGCGCCCAACAUAAUGGUCAUCAUAUGUGUUCACAGCGUUCUUUUAGGAAUGGGGAAUUCAAUGAUACAUGCACCAGCUUUAGUGCUGAUUGGAAAAUACUUCAAGAAAAGACGAGGCCUGGCUACAACAGCUGCAAGUUCAGCGAUGAGUUUAGCAAGUGUAUUCCCAAUAUUUUCUCAAUAUCUGCUUGAUGAAUAUGGCGUUCGGGGAACAACACUCAUAUACACUGGUCUUACUAUGAAUAUAUGGGUAGGGGCAUCCCUGUUUCGACCUCUUCACUUCUAUGCAAGAAGAGUGAAACCCGAACGCAUGCAGGAAGAUACAGUGGACAGUGGUGGUUCUGAAGUAAGAAAGGACAUCAGGAAUAAUGAUGCUACUUGGUCUGACAAUGGACACACGAAACACACAGAGAACAUUCACAAUGGAAGUGUCAGGAGUUGUAACGUUGUUGUUAAUGACACCUUCAAUGGAGUCCUUGAUCCCCAAAGCGACGGUUCCUUCAGGAAAAGAGCAUACUCCGAAGGUUCUAAAAGGACCAUAAAGCAGUCUGAUUCAGAGUCUGACAAACUGGUAUACACAAGUAACCCAGACCUCCCUACUGUGUAG